AUGCCGAGUAAACAGAAGAAAAUAAUUUUCUCCGUUGCUGGAGUGUUAAGUUUUGCCUGCGUCCUGAUUGUGGCGGCAGCAGUGGGAACACAGUUUUGGGUUAAGGCAACAGUUUUGUGCAAAACCGGUGCUCAGCUGGUCAACGCCACUGGACCUGAACUAGACAAAUUUAUUGGGAGGGUUAGCUACGGACUCUUCCACGGUCAGAGACUGAAACAGUGUGGACUGGGCGGAAGACCUCUCCGUUUCUCCUUUUUUCCUGACCUGGUGGAUGAAAUCCCUGCCAGUCUCCAUGUGAGUGUCAUCUUCUUCUGUGGAGUACUCAUCCUGUUCUCCUUGAUCUGCUCUGGAUUCUUCAUGUACAACGCUUUUGGUAGUCCCUAUGAGACGCUGCACGGACCACUUGGCCUCUAUCUGUGGAACUUCAUCAGCUGUUUGUGCAGCUGCCUGGUCAUGAUACUGUUUGCCUCUGAAGUCAAGCUGCACCGCCUGUCAGAGAGCAUCGCCAACUACAACGAAGGUAGUUUCGUCUACAAGACGCACACCGAGCAAUUCGAUCGCUCCUUCUGGCUCCUCUUCUUCACCUUCCUCCUCCACGGCCUCAACAUCCUGCUCAUCCGUCUGGCAGGGAUUCAGUUUCCCUUCCAGGAGGCCAAAGAGUCUGACGCCACCACGGGGGCUGCGGAUCUCAUGUACUGA